AUGUCUGUUUAUGUCAACCUGAUCUCCCCUCUUUCUGUUCGCAUCUGUAUAUCAAACACAUCUUAUUCAUCCCCAUUUCACUCUCUCUCUCUCUUUCUCUAUGUUAAUCUAUAUCUACCUGUUCAUCACCCUCUAUCUCUCUCUCUAUCUGAAUAUCUGCUCAUAUCUAUCUAUCUAUCUAUCUAUCUAUCUAUCUAUCUAUCUAUCUAUCUAUCUAUCCGUGUUGUGGUUGAAUUUUGCUCUCCUUUUCUAUCUAUCUAUCUAUCUAUCUAUCUAUCUAUCUAUCUAUCUAUAUAUAUCUAUUUCAGCCUAUUCAUCAUCCUCUAUCCCACACAUUAUCCGCUCAUGUCUCUCUCACUUUAUCCCAUAAAUACACAACACCGAUUUUCUCUACAAAUUACCCGGUUUAAUUAUCUAUCUAUCUAUCUAUCUAUCUAUCUAUCUAUCUCUCUCUCUCUCUCUCUCUAUAUAUAUAUAUAUAUAUAUAUAUAUAUAUAUAUAUAUAUAUAUAUAUAUAUAUCAAAUUUUCAUCAAAUAUCUCUCUCCCACAAUGUACAUACUUUUCUUUCUUUCUUUCUGUCUGUGUAUAUACUUUUUCUUUCACAUUUUUCCUUUGAUUAUAUAUUCUUAUUUCUUUCUUUUUUCUUUCUUUCUUUCUUUCUUGGUAUAAUCUUUUUGUUUCUUAUUCUUUCUUUUCAUUAUGUAUUCCUCAUUUUUUUUUCUUUCUAUCGUUGUAUAUUCUUCUUUGUCAUUCUUUCUUUUCAUUAUAUAUUCUUAUUUUUUCUUUCUUUCUUGGUAUAUACUUUUUUGUUUCUCAUUCUAUAUAUAUAUAUAUAUUCUUCUUUCAUUCUUCCUUGGAAUAAUCUUUUUGAUUCUCAUUCUUUCUUUUCAUUAUAUAUUCUUCUUUCUUUCUUUAUUUCUUUCUUUCUAUCAUUCUUUCUUUGUAUAUACUUUUUCUUCCUCAUUUUUCGUUUCAUUAUAUAUUCUUCUUCCUUUCUUGGUAUAAUCAUUUUGUUUCUUAUUCUUUUUUAUUAUGUAUUCCUUUCUUUCUUUCUUUUUUUGUAUAUUUUUCUUCUUUCUCAUUCUUUCUUUAAAUUAUAUAUUCUCCUUUUUUUUCUUUCUUUCUUUCUUUCUUUGAAUAUUCUUUUUCGUUUACAUUCUUUCUCCUCAUUUUCUAUAAUAUUUCUUGUCAUGGCUUACAGUCACAUCACAUUGAUAAACCGGUUCCACCUAUCUAUCUAUCUAUCUAUCUAUCUAUCUAUCUAUUUUAGCCUGCUUAUACUAUCUAUCUAUCUAUCUAUCUAUCUAUCUAUCUAUCUAUCUAUCUAUCUAUCUAUCAGCCUCUUUAUCGGUCUUAACCUUAUAUCGAUCUUAUAUCUAUCUAUCUAUCUAUCUAUCUAUCUAUCUAUCUAUCUAUCUAUCUCAGUCUUUCUUUAUCUAUCUAUCUAUCUAUCUAUCUAUCUAUCUAUCUAUCUAUCUAUCCUAGCCUCUUUACUAUUUAAGUAUCGUUAUAUCUAUCUUAAUAUCUUUAUCUAUCUAUCUAUCUAUCUAUCUAUCUAUCUAUCUAUCUAUCCUAGCCUCUUUAUCUAUUUAAGUAUCCUUAUAUCUAUCUAUCUAUCUAUCUAUCUAUCUAUCUAUCUAUCUCUGUGA